ACAGUCACAAUGUCGGCGAAGCCUCAGAACAAGACGUUUGGCAAGUCGACCCGGGCGGUCCCCGCCUCCACGGAGAAGGCCAAGAAGUGGUAUCCUGCCGAAGCUGAUGCCGAGAAGAAGCUGGUUCGCAAGGCCGUCCGUGCCUGGGCCCCUCGCAAGUCCCUCCAGCCCGGUACCGUCCUGAUCCUCCUCGCCGGCCGCUUCCGCGGCAAGCGUGUCGUCCUCCUGAAGGCUCUCGACCAGGGUGUUCUCCUCGUCACCGGCCCCUUCAAGAUCAACGGUGUCCCCCUCCGAAGAGUCAACUCCCGAUACGUGAUCGCCACCUCUUACAAGGUCGACGUCAGCGGUCUUGACCUCAAGAAGGUCGACGAGGUCGCUCAGCCCAAGUACUUCACCGCCGAGAAGGCCGAGCAGAAGGCCGGUGAGGAGGCUUUCUUCAAGCAGGGAGAGGAGCCCAAGAAGAAGGAAGUCAGCAGCAGCCGCGCUGCCGACCAGAAGGCUAUCGACAAGCCCCUCAUCGCCAGCAUCAAGAAGAUCGAGCUUCUCCCCAGCUACCUCGCUAGCUCUUUCAGCCUGCGACAGGGUGACAAGCCCCACGAGAUGUCGUGGUAG